AUGGGUGUCAACUUGCAAACACACACCUCAGUGACAUCCGUCUCGGCAGCCGAUGGGUGCACAAAAGAUCAUCCUUGGGUCGUGAAUACACCGCGCGGCUCCGUCAAGACCAGCACCGUCGUUUACGCUACGAAUGGCUACACGUCUGCUCUCGUACCGGAGAUGAAGGACAAAGUCGUCCCAGUGAGAGGCAUAGUAGCGCGCUUGGCGGGCGAGAAUUCACCAAGGAUGACUGAUAGCUAUAUGAUGCGGUUUUCUGACUAUGAGUACGACUACAUGAUUCCUCGACCGGACGGUAGCAUCAUCGUCGGGGGCGGAAGGCGCGACUACUACAAAGACUUGGGCGAAUGGUUCGAUGUAUCCGACGACAGCAGACUGAUGAAUGGCGCGCGGCAUUACUUUGACGGUUACAUGCAACGGCAUUUCCGCGGGUGGGAGAACAGCGGUGCACACACAGAAGAGCUUUGGACCGGUAUUAUGGGCUAUUCCAACGACGGGUUCCCUUAUGUUGGGCCAGUUUGCGGGAAACCCGGCCAGUAUAUGUGCGCAGGAUUCAGCGGGCACGGUAUGCCGCAGAUAUUUUUCUGUGCAAAAGCCAUCGCUUCCAUGGUCAUCACGGGUGACGCAGAGAAUGUGGAUCUCCCUGUGCCGUACCGCAUCACCAGGAGUAGGUGGUACCAGCAGAAAGAACAUGUGUCUCUCAAGAUGUGGCAACAGAUAGCGGAAAGCCAGCCUGCUCAAGCACGGUUGUGA